UUACAAUUUAGAUUUGAUCAGAAUUACAACGCACACAUGUGAAGACACUAACAGCUGUUAAAGCUGCACGACAGCUGAUCAGCUGACGCCGUCAUCGCAAAAAGAAACUUGACAUGACGCCCCAGAGGAAAGGACGCCUCAUGUCUCUUAAAACAAACCUCCUCAUUUCUUCUCUCCACCCGUUUCAUUUCAUUGCAUCUUUGUGGGAAGGACUAAGACGCAAGGGAACGGCGCGAGUGAACCCCGCGAGGAUGAAAGUUUGGAGCCUUGAGAUGCAGCCCCUCUCGUAAUUUCCUCACAUCCAUGUUUCUCUGGUGGGAGGGACGGAGACGCAAUUGAACUACGCAGAUGUGAGGAUGGAACUUAACAGCUUUGAGAUCCACCCAUGAAUCACAAAAACAUAAACAGGGACAGGGGAAUUGAGAGAUCCUCCCCCUGCAGUGUGGAUGGACUGAAAGUCUGUAUCCGAAUGCCCGGAAUGUCCCACUUGUUUCCAGAAAUGCUGCGCGGGAGUCUUUUCUGUUUCACAGACAUGCCUGGAGUGUGGAGAGUCAUGUUUUUGCUAAUUUGUUUCUGCUCUUGGCUAACUGCCCAGAACCAAAAAGCCUUGGUUGUUUACCACAGAGAUGCUCUGGCAGAGGACACCAAAGAAUAUAUGGCUACCAGAUCAUUAAAGAAAAGAAGCACAACUUCUGUGGUGGAGGUGUACAGUGUGAUGGUGCAUUGCACUGUGACGUCCCGUUUUGCUCACACUGUAAUGACCUCUAAAGCUCUGAACAAAGCAAACACCUCACAGGAAAUCUUCUUUGAAGUGGAUAUGCCAAAGACCGCCUUCAUCACAAACUUUACCAUGGAAAUUGAUGGUCAGGUGUAUGUUGGGGAGGUGAAGGAGAAAGAGAAAGCCAAGGAACAGUACGAGAAGGCUGUUUCAUCUGGGAAAACUGCUGGACUGGUCAAGGCCUCUGGCCGAAAGAUGGAGAAGUUUUCUGUGUCUGUCAACAUUGCAAGCAAAAGCAACGCAACUUUCAUUCUGACCCACGAGGAGCUCCUUAGGAGGAAUCUAGGCCACUAUGAGAUUCUGACCCGAGUCAAACCUGAACAACCAGUGCAGGAGUUUCAGAUUGUGGCAGACAUAUUUGAGCCCCAGGGAAUUUCUUUCGUUGAGGCCACUGCAUCCUUCCUCACCAAUGAUCUGCUGUCACUUGUGGAGAAAACUGUGACAGACAAAAAGGCACACAUCUCUUUCUCACCAUCUAUGGAGCAGCAGAGGAAAUGUCUGGGAUGUGAAGGCACCAUAAUUGAUGGAGAUUUUAUCAUCAAGUACGAUGUGAAUCGGGAGAAGAGCCUGGGGCAGGUUCAGAUUGUGAACGGAUACUUUGUGCAUUUUUUUGCUCCUCCUGACCUGCCCAGAGUCCCAAAGAACGUGGUGUUUGUGAUUGACAGGAGUGGAUCGAUGGCUGGUAGAAAGAUUGAACAGACCCGGGAUGCUUUGGUCGCCAUUCUGAAAGACCUCUAUGAGGAGGACCACUUUGCUCUUGUCCUUUUUGAUGAUGAAAUUACCACCUGGAGGGACUCUCUUACCAAAGCAUCAAAGGAUCAUGUGUCUAAAGCCAUUACCUACAUCCGGAAGCUAAUGGACAAUCGAUCCACCAAUAUCAACGAUGCUGUACUAAGAGCAGUCAGCAUGCUGGUGAAAGAAAGACAGCAAAAGAACCUUCCAGAGAGGAGCACAGAUAUGAUUAUCUUACUCACCGAUGGGAUGCCAAACAGCGGAGAAUCAAACCUCCAGAGAAUCCAGGAGAACGUGCGCUCUGCUAUUGCGGGUAAAAUGUCCCUGUUCUGUCUUGGAUUUGGAAAUGAUGUGGAUUACUCUUUCCUUGAUGUGAUGAGCAAACAAAACAAAGGAAUGGCCCGCAGAAUAUUUGAGGGAUCAGAUGCAUCACUUCAACUUCAGGGUUUCUAUGAGGAGGUGUCAAGCCCUCUGCUCUUGGAUGUGAACCUGCAUUAUCCUGAAAAGGCAGUGGAAUUCUUGACCAAAAACCAAUAUAGCCAGUUGUUUAAUGGCUCAGAGAUUGUAGUUACAGGUCGGGUGACUGACAAUAACCUGGAUAACUUCUUGGUGGAAGUGUUCGCAAAGGGGUCUGAGGAAGAUUUUUCAGUGCAGGGAACUGCCAUUGUUGUAAACUUUGACAUGAUCUACCCAGAUCAGGACUACAUUUUUGGGGAUUUCUCUGAGCGUCUGUGGGCCUACCUCACCAUCCAGCAGCUACUGGAGAACAGUGACAUUGGUACUCAGCAGGAGAAAGACAAAGCUCUAUCUAAGGCUCUGGACAUGGCCCUUAGAUACAGCUUUGUCACCCCUCUCACAUCCAUGGUGGUCACCAAGCCAGAAACUGAAGACGGAUCAGAGAGCCCGCUCAUUGCAGACAAACUGACUGAGGGUGAGCAACAUAAUCGAGAGGCGGCAUUCGCUGUCCCCAAGAGUGGUCGAUCAAGUGGUACAAAAUCAGAGGUUUUCUUUACCUUUUACUUUGAACUUCUUCAUCUUCUUUGUUUGUUUUAAUCUGUAAAUUAUAAGUUUUUCUGACGCUGAAUUUGAAAACAAAACAGCAAAAGAGUUAUAUCUUAAGGACACAGCUGAAAAAAGUAGUGUUUUUCUUUUCUUUCUUUUUUCUAACAUGCAACUAAAACCUGAUAAAAACACAUCUAAAUCAACCAUGUAACACAAUUGCUUAACAGUAAAUAAUUCCUUAAAUAUAUCAUUUGAAUUAUUUCUCAAAAUAUAAUCCAAGUCUUUCAGCAAAGUAGUCCAGGCAGUUCUUUCUAUAAAAGGAAUACAAUCACUGAAAGUUUACAAUAAUUGAAUCUGUAUUACAGCUUCAAUUUCAAAUCAGCAGGCAGAUUGAUGUGAUCUAAUCUAUUGUCACUCAAGCACUCGGCUACAUUAUUUCUCAUUAGGGCUGAAUUCCUGUAUAAGACUUAUCUUGGUUAUAAGUCACUUUGGUUUGUGGUAUUGUCAACACAUGAGCACAGGUCAUGCUAGCAGUCAGUCAUCAGUACCAUUAUUGCAAAAUGUUCUAUUUUUGUGUGCAGCCAGUAAAAAAAGUAUAAUAAGGAGAUGGCUGACUAAGGAGCCCCCCACAAAGAAGGAUUGGAUCAGAAUCAUGGCGGAAAUACAUAACAUGGAAAAGCUAACUUUCUCACUGAACCUACGUAAGGACAAGUUUGUUAAUUACUGGAACAAAUGGACGACUCACUUUAACGCAUUGACUUAUCAACAGAAAAACCUGUAAAAAAAAGGAAGAAAAUGUCUGUUGUUGUGGUUGCAUGGAUGUGGGUGUGCAUGUGCAUGUGUGUAUGUGUAUAUGUACAUGUAUGUAUAUGUGUAUGUACACUCUGUUCAUGUACACUGUACAGCCAAUAAGGAAGAAAUAUUUACAAAAGGAAGGAAAUUAAUCCUGUGCUAGGCUCAUCUCCUCUAGUUAGGUAUGUAAACAAUACCAACAAAAUCUAUUGACCCUGUUGUUGUUGUUGUUGAAAAGAACUGUAAUUUUGUUUGUCUGUGCCUUGUUUUCAAAUAAUUGUAAAAUUCAAUAAAAAUAAAGUUAAAUA